AUGUCCCACCAUUCCGACGCUUUCAUCGCAUUACUAGGUUCUAUUCUUCUUCUCUCAAUAACCCAUUUAAUCAGAAUCUUAAAGCCUUCAGGUUUUCUUAUUUCCUUUCCUAUUUCAGGUGGGUAUGGAACCUUAGAAGAGCUCUUGGAAGUCAUCACCUGGGCUCAGCUAGGAAUCCAUAAUAAACCCAAGGAUGUUAGAGGGGUGAUGCCUAACAUGUACGACUUCAGCAAUGACAUUUGGUUGUGCCACUCCUUUGGAGGCCAAUGCUACAAUUUGAUAGCAUUCCAACCUGCUAUUAAUGUGCUGAAAGAAAUUCAAGUGUUCCUUGAUGCCAACCCUUUGGAGAUCAUUACAAUCUUCAUAGAAGAUUAUGUCACAUCACCUCAAGGCCUAACUAAGGUAUUCAAUGCCGCCGGCCUUAGGAAAUUUUGGUUUCUGGUAUCAGGGAUGCCUAAAAAUGGGCAGGAUUGGCUCAUCAUCGAUGAUAUGAUUAGUAAGAACCAGCAUUUGUUGGUAUUCACCUCAAAAUCAGCCAAGGAGGCUUCUGAAGGCAUUGCCUAUGAGUGGAGAUAUGUUGUAGAAAACCAAUAUGGUGACAGUGGGAUGAAGGCGAGUUCUUAUCCUAAUCGUGCGGAAUCAUCUCCCAUGAACACAACAACAAGAUCCCUUGUUUUAGAGAACUAUUUCCCUGACAAUCCUAAUUUAGCGACCGCUUGUAAGGACAACUUAGCUCCACUUACUGGCAUGACUGGUACAUGUCAUGAAGCAGCAGGAAAACGAUGGCCCAACUUCAUUGCUGUCGAUUUCUACAAGAGAAGCGAUGGAGGGGGAGUCCCACAAGCCCCACCGGAUAAUCCUAGCCAUCAGUUUUUUCUUUCUUUCUUUCUUUCUUUUUGGACUUUUGACCAUAAACAUGUAUGCUUUGAUGAGUCACUGUCUGCCCGGUUGGUUUAAUUCGUUGUUGAAUUGCACACUGAAACCGAGUUUUGAGAACCUUGCUUUGAUGAGUCACUGUCUGCCUGGUUGGUUUAAUUCGUUGUUCAAUUGCACACUGAAACCGAGUUUUGAGAACCUUGCUUCUAGCUGAGGGGAAACAGUAUAAGAACCAUAGACUUGGUCCGUUGGUCUUGAUACAUGUAAGAGUAUUUUAGAAGUUUCAAUGUUUUUUGUUGACUCCUGACUCACUUUAUAGUUUAUACUACCAGAUGUAUUGUAGAUUGUUUUUCCUCUCCACUUACUCUUUGAAUGCAGUGGUUAUUAAUCACUAGUUAUUUUCCUAGGCCUAUUCCAGAUAGUAAAUCACCGUCAUAUGUCUAACUUUUCAAUCAUUUCCUAUUGGUUCCAAAGGCAGGAGAAAGCUUUUCUUAUAUUUUCUGAGUUGAGCAUUUCUGCUGGCUAGGCUGAUGCUAGGCCAUUUUAAUGGCUAUGCGCUUGCAGGUAAUUUCAGAGAAUUACCAGGUUCUCUGACAGUCACUUUACUAUAUUUUUUCUGGGUGCAAUCUGUAGGCAGAAGCAAUCAGUUAAACAAAUGGGGGCCCUAUUCUUACUAAUAAUUGCUGCCAUACUUCUAAGCUUUGGAGAAGGUUCUGGCAGGGAUUCUAGUGGCACUAACCCAGAUCAAGUUCUCUUUCAUGGAAUCAUUCCUGUUUUAGUUGCUUCUGUGCUCUCUGGUAAAGAAACACAGCUCAUGCUUAAUGACUAUGGAAAUGUCUAUAGUUGGAAGCUUGUCAGUGGGCUUCUUCUCUCUGUCAGUGGGCUUCUCAAGUGAAGAAACACAGCUCAUGCUUCAUGAAUGUGGAAAUGUCUAUAGUUGGAAGCCUGUGCUUAUUGGCAAGUAUGUCUAAGUCUCCAGAUGGAGAAGCCAUCAGACAGCAUGGGUUUUUUCAUGGUUGGACCGCAUUGACUGUGGUUCAAGUGGAAUGCUCAGAUGCAUGAUUCAGCUGUUUAACCUGCUUUUUUCCCACACCCUCCGUGAAGGUAACUCUGUCGCGGAUGCUCUAGCAAAGUUCGGUAGCGAUAAACAGGCUGACUCCCUUUAUCGCUCCAGAGCCGAUCUCCCGAGACACAUUAGAGGCUCCCUUGUGCUAGAUUGCGCCGGUAUGGGCUUUAUCAGGAGCUUCAGUGCAAGGCAGGGAGUGGGUUGAGAGAUUCGAUCUCAGGGAGUGGGUUGGGAGCUUGGAGUGCUUCACAGCUUGGUUCAACCUCUCAUCGUACAUGAUUCCCUGUCUCCCUCUUCUCUUCCUCGAGAAGCGCCCAUUUUGUCUAUCCAAUUUUCUCUUCUUCUUUUUUCCUUUCUUCCUUUUCCUGCUGCCCAUCUUGGCUAUACAAUAGGUGAGGCCCGAUGUGAUUGUGGAGCCCUCCUGAAUGUCCAGUCUUUGUA